UCACAAAGUCUGGAACUCUGACUCCCAGCUGUCCUUCCACGCACUCUACGCAGAUGAACACCUGGUUUCUAGGAGUGUUAGGGAGAUAGACACGUCCUAUAUGUGAAGCUCAAUGUGGACAUUUGAUGCUCAGGGGCUUUGGGAGCCUCCCAACUGGGGACUCCUUCUCACAGUUCCGAUUUGCUGAGGAGAAAGAAUGGGAUGGUGAAACUUCAUGUCCAAAGCAGAACUCAGCACUCUACGUGGAUAGUGAGUCAUUGGUUCAAGCCCUUCAACAGCUGCCUCUCUCAGUCCGGCUCAACGUGGCUGCGGAGUUGAUCCAGACCACAAUUCCUCUAGAACUUCCACAGGUGAAACCAAGGAGAAAUGAUGACGGCAAGGAGCUGGGCAUGCAGUUAAGGGGGCCCAUCUCUGAGCUCAGAUCUGCUGUGGGUAGUUGUCCCAGGUCUCUGGGCAAAGACAGUUUAAGACCAAACCCUCUAGAGGGUUUGCAGAAAGCCCCCUUCCCACCACAGUCCGUGGCAGACCAUCUGGAAGAUGAACUGGACAUGUUGCUGCAUUUGGAUGCACCUGUGAAAGAGGAAGACAGAAUCUGUCCGGACCAGACAUCUCAGAACCAGGAACCAGAAAGAGAGGGGCAGGUGGCCCAGGAGGAAACAGUUCCUGAAAAACCGUCUAUGACCGGAGAGAAAAAUGUGGAACCUGAACAGACGAGCACAUCCAAAAAUGUCACCGAGGAAGAGCUGGAAGACUGGCUGGACAGCAUGAUUUCCUGAGGAGGGGGGUGAUGGAGGGAAAUGUGCCUGAAGCACACUAAGGGUGGGCUAGUUUACCAGAACACCCCAUGCUAACAUGUACUGUUACGCUUACAGCAGCCAAUGCCUACCUCUGCUUUUGAUGGCAUCUGAAUACAUGUAUGAGGCUUG